GUGAACCAAACCAAGCUAAGCUAAGCUACCAUUCUCAAUAUUUCAUGGCUAACACCACCCACAUCAACCAAAGUGAUUCUCUUAUGGGUCAUCUUGAUCUUCUUUCCUUGCCCAAAGAAAAAGGUUGGAUUGGUCUUCCUCUUUAUCAAUAUCAAGGCUCUUGGUGUCAUGCAAAGGGGAUUCAAGCAGCAAUAUCUUUCCAAAAACACUUCCAUGCAUCUGAUACUGAUGUAAUCUUAGUCACCACACCAAAAUCAGGUACUACUUGGUUGAAGGCUUUAGCUUUUGCUAUCCUUAAUCGUCAUAGAUACACUAGUACUCUUUCUCAAAACCAUCCUUUGCUUACAGAUAACCCUCAUGAUCUUGUUCCAUUUUUUGAGUUUAAGCUUUACACAGAUAACCAGCUUCCUAAUUUAGCAGAUUUUCCUUCUCCAAGGCUAUUUGCUACUCAUAUUCCUUACCCAUGGCUACCAGAAUCCAUCAAGAACUCCAACUGCAAAAUUGUCUAUCUUUGUAGGAAUCCGAGAGACACCUUAGUCUCUUAUUGGCACUUCACCAAUAAGGCUAGACCUGAAACUCUUGGCCCACUUUCAUUAGAGAAAGGUUUAGAGAUGUUUUGUAAGGGAAUCACAGGGUUUGGACCCUUUUGGGAUCAUGCCUUGGGUUAUUGGAAUGAAAACUUAGAGAGACCUCAAAAGGUGUUAUUUUUGAAGUAUGAAGAAUUGAAGAAUGACAUCAAGUGUCAAGUGAAGAGACUUGCAGAGUUCAUGGGAUGCCCUUUUACUAUAGGAGAAGAGAGAGAUGGUGUGAUAGAUGAGAUAUCAAGAUUGUGUAGUUUUGAGUCUCAACGAAGUCUGGAGGUGAACAAGUCAUCAGGAAUAAGAUCCAUUUCCUACUUUGAAAAUCAGACUUUGUACAGGAAAGGUGAGGUGGGUGAUUGGGUAAAUUAUCUUACUAACCCAAUGGUGGAGCAGUUAGACCAAGUCAUGGAAGAAAAGCUUUGUGGUUCCGGCUUAACUUUUGAUAUGUAUCCUCAACUUACAAAAUAAAACUUUAAUUAGUAGUACAUUUGUAGUUAUUUAAUAAGUAAUUAAAAAGCAUUAAUACAUAAUGCUAGCUACGUACUUUUUUUUUUUUUUUGGGAUAUGAAUAUGAUGUCUUUUUUUUUGGGAA